ACCGUCACUUCCGCCCCUCUCUGUAGCGCAAAGACUGCUGGGAAAUUUUUUUACCGAGGAAGAAUCAUGAGGUAAACUUCAAAACGAGCACAGAAGAGGUUUUAAGAGAGAUCAGCUUUCCAGAUGAAACAAGGUUAGAGAAGGUCCUCCAGGUGACAGACAUCCAGUCAUGGAGGACAUCAACACUGUGAUGUCCUGGUUUUCCAGCCCCGUCUACAGCCGCUAUUGGCAGCACUACCGCCAGGCCAUGGCUUGGCACCAAAGACACAAGCGUGCCUACCAAAAAGCCUUGGAGGCUGCUUAUGGCCCCACCUACUGGCAGGAGGAGCGUCCCAGCAGACAUCAGCGCUAUGCCGACUGGCAACCUGAAGAGAACAGCCAAGAUGGAGAAGAUGAUGAUGAGGAAAGAAGCUCGGAGAGCGAAAUCGAGUGUGACGUCAGCAAUAUGGAGAUCAGUGAGGAGCUUCGGCAGUACUUUGCCCAAACAGAGAGACACAGAGAGGAGCUGAAGAAGCAGCAGCAGAUGGAGGCAGAGCAACACGACGGCUACGUGCCGGCCGACCACGACCUGCACAGCGUCUCCUGGCGAAGCAGUGUCGCUCCUCCCUCCGAGCGGCCUGGUGAGAGACGCGUGGCUGAGAUGAAGAAGCUGUACGGCAAGGAUGCGGCCAAGAUCCUGGCCAUGGAGGCGGCGAUGCAGCUGACUUUUGACCGGAACUGUGACCUCAAGCAGCCAAAAUACUGGCCAGUCAUCCCUCUGAAACUAUAACAGCUACAGAGCUGUAAAGUGAUUUAGAGGGGUUUCAAGCGCUUGUCCUUAUUUUUGUUAGGUCGGAUGUGAAGGUUCUGAUCCAUCAGCUGUUGUUUGUACUUAAUCUUCUGAAGCUGCUAACACAUAGCAUCACCUGGAAUUCCCUUUCUCCUCUCAAAACAAGCACCUGUAAGCGGAACAUUUGGUUAAGGGUCAGAGGUAUAGUAGACCUGAUGUAAAUGUAGUCAAACAACAUUUGUUUGUUUCCUCAUAAUCUGGUUUUGUUUAGCCUCUGGUGCUUCCUGCUGCUGCAGCUCCUCUUAUGUCUGUCAGCUUAGUUCAGCCACUAAAACAGAAACAUCCCUGCAUGGCUGCUUCUGAUGUUCCAGUUUCCAACAUAUACUGAGGGUAGUUUUGUUAUUUCUAAACCACGCUGCUCUGAUUUGGCAUUUUGUUGGGUUCAUUUGCUUUCUCAGAAGAUGCUGAAGGAUUUGUUUUCAUCUUGUUUACACAAUGUUUUAAAAUGGAUGUUUCAGUAGAAGUUUUAUUAAUAAUAAAAUGUUGUAAGCCAAAAAAAAA